AUGAACCUUUUAUCAUGGAGAAAGAAGAAUUCGUCUAAUGCUUCAACUACUACGCUGGCCAAUGAAAAUCACAAGGGCAUUUUGUUCAAGAGUGACGCUCGUUCAGUCGAGAAGCUGGCAGAACACUUGGAUCAAAAUCCGCGCGUUCUCGAAAAACAGUUUGGCGAAAGUUUUACGCAGCGAGGAAGUCUCUUGCGUAAUUUAAUGAGUCUCAAGCUCCAGGGUAUAGGGCCUCCAGACAUGGUUCACGUUACAAAAUUCGACAAGUUUCGGCAAAUGGAGAUUGGUGAAUAUCAUUACUUGACGGGACUUGAUACCUCUUCUGAGGCCGCGCCAAUUGCGUAUUUGAAUGCCAUAAAACUCAGUGACGGAUCGCAGACCACUCACUCCAGUGCACCAAACUCCAAAAGCAGGAACAAAGUCAUGACGUAUUGCACCACUAACAUUUUCAGCCACGCCGAUGUCAGAAUCAGGUUUGAAUCGCCUAAGCAUUUCCAGGUUUCCGCCAUGGCCGUCACUUCAGGGUCCUCCAACGUUCAGCUUACGCCCGAUUUCUGGGACGAGACUUUCGUGAGCGGGUUUGUGCGUGCCAUGAUCAUCAACACCGAUAAGGAGCGAAAGCUACCGGGUCUUUUAGAAUUCCCCAUUGCUCUAGAAAACGGCCUUGCCUACGCUGAAAAAUGUAUUGCCUUGUUGUGCAAGUUUCUGCCCCGCGGGCCAGAGUUGGGCUGCGAUCUAACACGGCACAGCUACGUGUCUUUCAGAAGCAACUAUUUAAUAGAGUCUCUACUGGCAUUUUUACAGAUUGCAAGAAAGCUAAACAUGUUAGUGGUGGAAACGCUGCAAAACUUGAUUCAGUCGGAUCCGAAAAAUGAAAACUGCUACAGAAUAGCGCUAGUCGCAGUGCUGGUCAAAAGUGAGGGCCACGACUCGAUCGCGAUCAAGACUUUGAGUGAGUCAAUGUCAAGGCUAUUCCCCGGUGGUAACUCGAGAUUGGAGCAAGACCAACUGACCUAUGCUGCGGAUCUUUUGAAUCUGCAAAUCGACUUUCUGCUCUCCAAGGGCGAUUUUCAACUCGCGUUGCCACUCGCUCAGAAAUCAACCUCAAUCUGUUCUGACAACUUAGAGUCGUGGGCCAAACUUGCUCGAUGCUACAUUCUAGCGAAGGACUAUAAAAAUGCGCUUUUAGCAGUCAACGCUCUCCCAUCGCUGCCAGCUACCGACCCUUCGCGAGAAGCCAUGUGGGAGAAGUUUGUGGACAACGGCUUUUACUAUCGCAAACCUUUAUGUCUGAGCCCGCGCUCGUCUUUGCAAUCCAGCGAAUACAAUUUCCUCUCAAGCUCUCUCAAAGCAGUUAAGGACCACGAUUUGAGCUCUAUCAUCUUUGGACGGAUCGUAAUGCCACCUCAGGUCAACCGUGGGUGCAUUGAGGAAAUGUGGGACGGCCCGUGCUCGGCGUUGGGUCCGAUUUACGGACCACAGAGUAAGAACCUGAUAAAUUUUGUGUCCCUACAAGAAGUUGCGACUCUCGAGGAUUCAGACUUGCUGCGAAGAAACACCAUGGCGGCUCAAUUGAGCUGGUCGUUGUCGUGUGCAUAUGACCUGUUGAUGAACAUGGUUUCUGAGAUCGGCUGGAACUCGCUGUUGGAGCUGCGUUCGGAGAUAUUCGUCAUGGAGCGCGAGCGUACCACAGAGUUCACGGCGGUGCUCCAGCCUGAGCUCAAGCAUAAGCGUCUGUGCGAGAAGUGGCUCGAUGAGCUGUUCCUAAACCUUUACGAAGACCUUAAGAUCACGUGCAACCCCGAAGAACACCGUGAAGAGAUGUACAGCGGUCUGAAGUGGGAGCUUUUGGGCCUCACACAUCUGCGCACCUGGAACUGGGCCGACGCGGUGCCCUGUUUGCGCACGAGCAUCAUGGCGCGUUUUGACGUGGUGAGUGCCGAAAAAUUGCUAGAUUUGUUUCUGACACGACAAUAUCCUGUAUCGGAGGUCCUGGACCCGGACGUUCUACUGGCCCUGGUUGUAGAUAAGAUCUGCUACGAGAGUCGGUUCUACAACUAUCUACAGCUGCCAAAUCUCCGGGUUUUGAUCCAUUUAUGCGCUCUUUCCGGACUGGAUAACGUGAGAAAUCGCGUUUAUGCUCUUCCUACCGCACAACGCGGGAUUGUGGCCCUAAUGGACAAACUACUGGACUACAUACAAGAACUGAACGACUAA